AUGAGCGGCGGCGGCGGCGGCGCGGGGGGCGGAGGGAAGGGGGCCGCGGCCGCGGGGCCCGUCCCGCAGGCCUCGAGGAAGCUCGUGCAGAGCCUCAAGGAGAUCGUCAACCGCCCGGACGCCGAGAUCUACGCCGCGCUGCGCGAGUGCUCCAUGGACCCCGACGAGGCCGUCAGCCGCCUCCUCUCCCAAGAUACCUUUCAAGAGGUAAAGAGCAAGCGUGACAAGAAAAAAGAGGUUAAAGAGACUCCCGAGCCAAGGUCUCGAGCGGCAAAUAAUGCUACCAGUCGGGGUGUAAGAGGUGGUCCAGAUCGAGGUGGGCGAAACAACUCUGCUUACAACAGCUCCAUUGAUAACAUGACCUCAAGGUCAUCCGUCUCAGGAUCUGGUAUGCAAUCAACCAAUUCCACCCAGAAGCAAACAGUUCAAAGUUCCUCCGUGAACAAAAAUCUGGUUGCUGAUGCACCAUCGGUACCACCACAAACAUCAUCUGGGUUUCAGCAUGGCUGGUCUGGGACGCCAGGUCAGUUGUCAAUGGCUGAUAUUGUGAAAAUGGGUGGCAGGCCACAGGCUCAGGGGAAGCCUUCUACCAAGACUGUGGUCACAGCGGACAAAGGAUAUGCCGGACAAUACCCAUCUUUGCCCACCAUUGUAAACCAGAAUGCAAAACAAUCUGCGAGCACAGUUGCACCAACAGAGCUUGACCAAGGGUUACCUUCUGCGCAAGAUUCUGUUCUGGUUAAGGACCACAGUCACACAGCUGCUGAUAACAAGCAGAAAUAUGAUAAUGAUUGGUCUCCACAAGAUGACCCGCCAGCAGGGAAUCAAUCCUCCCUCCCUGAGACAUCUGGGGACCCAUCAUUAUUUGAGGCACCAUUACAUCCAUCGACGCAUGUUGCUGAUGCGGUUUACUUGCAUGAAAAUUCUUAUUUGGAUGAUAACAUCUCUGCUGCAAUGAGAUCAGGAAAUGCUUCUGAGAGACACUUGGAUCACUAUGGAGGGAAUUCUGAAUAUAAUGAUGGAUUAUUGCAGAACUCGAGUACCUAUCUGGCUCAGACGCAUUCUCACAUAGAGGACCAAGCUGAGGAGUCCAAUGCUGAUGUAUCAGCAGCAGCAAACUUCCAGGGUCUGAGCCUACAUGAUGAAGAGCUAGCUGCCACAAAGUUUGCCGAAGAUAACCCAGCAGUUAUAAUUCCGGACCAUCUGCAAGUUGCCAACACAGGCUGUGCCGGAUUGAGCUUUGGCAGUUUCGGAUCUGGUGCAUUUUCUGGGCUCCUCCCACCGCCAAAGAGCACUGAAAACAAUGUGGAGUUGCCUAUUGUGGAGGAAUCUGAACCUAUAGAUCAUACAGAUACGAGGGAUCAAGAUUUCUACGAAAUUCCUCCGAAUUCGCCACCAAACGAGAACCUUGAGGAAAUUAUGGGAGCUAACACUGAGAAUCUUGAUGUACCUUCUGUUCAACAGCCUGAUGUCCUGAGACAAGAAAUACUGGAUGAUCCUUCAGGUGUUCAAUAUAAUCUGCCAUCAGUCUCGAGCCACGCGUAUGCGAACCCAGCACAGCCAAAUGCAAUGGAUGCCAUGCAAGGAAGUAACCAAGCGCACACUCUUUCACACCUGUCAAGCUUGCUGCAAUCAAAUACGUUACAACAACACAACCUGUUGGGCUCUAAUAUGGCACCUCUUCGGGACUUGGACUUCGGUUUAUCACCUUUGUUGGCAGCACAAGCACAAUCAAUGGGAGCAAGAUAUAACUCAGCUGCACCAACUACUACUGGCAUGCAGGAGCCAAUGAAGCCAGGAGUUUUCUCGAACACUCAAUCCACACAAAAUCUUCCGAGUACCAGCAUUCAGAUGGCCCCCUCUCUUCCUCAGCAAUUAGUCCAUCCUUACUCACAGCCCACUUUACCUAUUGCACCUUUCGCAAAUAUGAUUGGCGCAAAUAUGAUUGGCUAUAAUCCAUACUUGGCACAAAACUACCCUGCUUACCUGCCGUCAACCGCCUUCCAGCAAGCUUACUCGAGUAAUGGACAGUUCCAUCAGUCUGCCGCUGCUGUACCAGGAGCUGGCAUGAAGUACUCGAUGCCACAAUACAAGAACAACAUGUCAGCCGCAAACUUACAACAACAACAACAACCUUCGUCGGUUAUAUCUGGUUAUGCAGGCUUUGGUAGCUCAAGUAACCUUCCAGGAAAUUUUGCCCUCAACCAGAAUGCUGCCCCUCCGUCGGCUAAUCUUGGGUUUGAUGAAGCACUGAGCGCUCAGUACAAAGAGGCCAAUCAAUACAUGGCUCUCCAGCAGCAGGGCGACAACUCUGCGAUGUGGCUUCAUGGGGCUGGUUCAAGAACCGCGUCAGCAAUUCCUCCUACCCAGUUCUAUGGCUACCAGGGACAGAGCCAGCAGCAGGGCGCCUUCCGGCAGGCGCAGCAGCCCCAGCAGCCUUCUCAAUACGGGGGCCAUGGAUACCCGGCGUUCUACCAUUCCCAGGGCGGCGGCAUGGCGCAGGAGCACCACCCCCAGAACCCGGCCGACGGAGCCCUGAAUGGCUACCAGGGGGCGCAGCAGCAGCAGCAGCAGCAGCAGCAGCAGCCAUCUCACCAGAGCUGGCAGCAGCACGCCAACUACUGA